AUGAAAAGGGUGAUUCGUUUUUGUUAUUAUGAUUACUACAUCGCCUGUCUAAUGGUGAUCUUAUUACUGGUGUACAAAUCCGCCGCGGAGGAAUAUUGUUAUCAACAGAUAAAUGGGAUCUCCAGCCAAAUAGCUAACACCAUAACCGUCGAUCUUAACGGUGGAGGAAACUACAAAACAGUUCAAAGUGCAAUCGAUUCAAUCCCUCUUCAAAACCAAAACUGGAUUCGUAUUCUAAUUAAAAAAGGCAUUUACAUAGAGAAAGUAACCAUACCAAUGGAUAAAGGAUAUAUCUAUAUGCAAGGUAGAGGAAUUGAAAAGACGAUAAUAGCUUACGACGAUCAUCAACUCACCGAUACUAGCCCCACUUUCACGGCCUAUCCUGACAAUAUCAUCAUCUCCGGAAUCACUUUUAAAAAUACAUAUAAUAUCGGACUAAUGACCACUUUAGAAACACCAGUCAAACCAGCGGUGGCUGCGAGGAUGCUCGGAGACAAAUACGUAGUGAUCGAUUCUAGUUUUGAUGGUGUUCAAGAUACACUGUACGACUGUGUAGGCAGACAUUACUAUAAAAGAUGUGUUAUUUCCGGUGGCAUUGAUUUCAUUUUUGGCUACGCCCAAUCCCUUUUCGAGGGAUGUACGGUGAAUCUAACGGUGGGAAUCUACGCACCGGACAGAGCCUACGGAACGAUAACGGCGCAGGGAAGGCAGUCGCCAAAGGAUAACGGAGGGUUCUUGUUUAAGGACUGCACCGUUACGGGGAUCGGCAAGGCGUUGUUGGGGCGAGCGUGGCAACCAUACGCACGUGUCAUCUUUUACCGUUCAAAAUUUUGCAACGCCAUUUUGCCAAUUGGUUGGGAUGCUUGGAGAGCUAAAGGCCAAGAGGGCCAUAUAACGUUUGUGGAGUAUGGUUGCACUGGAGCUGGAGCGGACACGUCACAGAGAGUGCCAUGGCUCAAGAAGGCGAGUACAAAUAUCCUACUUAGCCUCACCAAUGGUUCCUUUAUUAACCAAGAAGACUGGCUUAGUAGCCUCCCCAUCAAAUAUUAG